UCGAAACUCGAAUUAUACUUUUUCUCCUGUUUGUAUUUCGAAGUGGCCGGCCAUUCGUAUAAAAUGAUUUUGUUUUGUGAAAUAUGUUUCCGCCGACCGGAGUGUGUGGGAUAUCUUUUUGUUUCAUCCUGUCGACAUAUGUUCUGCCGUCGAUGUGCUAAUAGCGUAACCAACUGCACUGUUUGUAAGAUCCCUUGCCGAAUAAUAGAAUUGCGCAAGGAUGCGCUACCCGAAGCGAUCAAAGACUACUUUAUUCCGGAACAGGAUUUGCUAUCCAAAGUUGUUAAAGUAACAAAAUUUCAACUAGAAAAGCAAGACGCCUUUAUUGCCAAUAAGAUCAGUGUUCUCGAUAAAUAUGCAGCAAAGAAAGAAAAGAUUCGACAACUGAAGGAACAUUAUGAAUCUCUUAAGAAAGCCAUUAACGAAGAAAUGACCAUUAUUAGUAAAAUGCGCCAGCCCGGUAUGCUAAACAACGCACCAACAGAGCCAGUAUCCAUGUCAUCUCAGUCGGUAUCCCUUAGGAUCUCGACUUUGAAGAAAAUGACUCCCACUACAGCGGCUCAGCAAGCAUCGAAACGUACAAGGAUAUCACGAUCGAGCAGUGGCAGCAGCGGAAUUGGAACUGUCAAUGGAACUCCCUGUCAUGCUAGCAGUUCACAAGUUCCAUCAUCCUCCAAGCGCAUUUCUCCUUCACCGAGACCUAGAACAGGAUUUACAUCCAACGAACGCAAAAGCAAGCCAAUAAUCUCCCCGAUUGAAAGCUUUAAGAAACCGGCCGAUCUGGUGUCUUCAGCCCGGCCAGGAAUCUACCGGGAAGCGAUGCGAAAUAUCAGCAAAGCCAUGGAACGACCCAAUCAACCCGUUCUGAAGUUUAGCAACCGUGGAAACGAUAUCGAACGGGCCCGUAAUGUUAUUUUCUAGCGCGAUCGUCUAACAGCUGGACUGGUUUUGAAGCAUAGGAAUUAUGGUGGUGGGAAGAAUUUAAAUUGUACCUACAAAAU